AUGUCAGAUUUACCUCAAUUGGCGAAGAGUUUGUCUAUAGCGUUCGAUUCAAAAGACUACAAGACCUGUGAGAAACUUUUAUCUCCGAUUAAAAUAGAAUUAAUUAAGGCUAAUCUUUUAAUUCCCGACUCUAACAGAUUAGCUAAUGAAACAUACUUGAAUGAUUUGGAAAUAACUAAAAAAUCAUGGAAAUUGGUGCCAAUUUCUUCCAUCUUCAACAUGAAAUUCGACGUUUUCCAAAAUUAUUUUGCUCAAUUAAGAUCAUUCUAUUUUAAUAGUAACUCAAUUUUAUCAAGAUCUUCAAAUAAAUCAAAAUUAGUGAGCUUGUACCUUUUAAUCUUACUUUCAAAAGGUGAUGUUACGAAGUUCCACUCUGAAUUAGAAUAUUUAGAUCAUCAAAUUAUAAAUUUACAAGAUGAUGAAUUACUAUCCCUACCUAUUAGAGUAGAUAAAUUCCUCAUGGAGGGUUCUUACCAAAAAGCUUGGAAUCUUCUACAAUCUGGUUUAAAUGAAGUCCCUGAAUUCAAAGUAUUUACUGUCACCCUAAUGAACACUAUCAGAGACGAAAUUUCUAAUAAUAUCGAGUUAUCCUAUAAUGAUUUGCCUCUAUCCAAUAUUAAAGCACUUUUAUUUUUCAAUAAUGAAAAGGAGACUGAAAGUUUUGCAUUACAAAGAGAUUGGAGUAUUAAAAAUUCAAUCGUUACAUUCGAUCAAGAAAAUAUUCUUGAAGAUAACGUUGAGUCUAAUGGAAAUGAAACUGAAAAUAAUUUAAUCGAGAAAAUUUUGGGUUACGCCAUCGAUUUAGAAACAAUUGUGUAA